AUGACAGGCGGCCUGGACCUAAGUUUCGGCUUCCCCCGAAAUGAUAAGAUUCCCUACCCCCAUCAGGUAACCUGGAGCCAGCCAAUAUGCGCCCAGGAAGAAACAAAGGAAGAGCUGAAAAGCCCGCGAAUGCCCAGACUUCAGAUGACCAAGUUGGACCUAGAGCUCAUCUCCCAAGUGGAGAAGAACACCUGUUGGCCGGAGCCUCUGAGCCAAAUGGGGCAGGAUAUGGGCGCCCUGGAGUGCAGCCGUGCUCCGCAGCCGCUGUACUGGGACAUCCCCAUCCGUCCACGGGGCAUUGGUGGUAAACUUGGACUUAAACACCUCCAGCACCCAGGGGGCCAGGGCAGGGGCAUCAAAGAAGUUGCCAGAAGCAGUGUUGUGUCUGGGCAGCAAGGCCGCGCUGGCUCCUGA